ACUGCAGCUUGCAUCCCGGCCGCUAAUUGCAGCGCAGUGCCGAUGUUCGAUCAUUAAAAUGCACAUUUUACUUUCACUUUACGCACUUUUUCACGCACGGACCGUGCACUCGGAGCAUCUUGGCGAGCGUGCGUGUGCACGCGCGGAACAAGAACGUCUCCAAUGGGACAACUAUUAUUUUUGAUAUUGCGGAUUAUUGGAGCCACUUGCGCCGCGCCGCAGAACAUUCUGGAAACGCUGUGGGGAACGAUGCUUUAAGUCCGGAGGAAAAGUCCGUCUUUUUUUUUUUUUUUUAAUAAGAUGUUUUUUUACGCAGCGUUGAUUUGUUGAAUUAAGGCAAAAGAGAAUUGCGUCACUUGUCGAUGUAGAGCAAUAAAAAGGCGCAGAGUGUUUGCGGGUCAUCAGGCUUACAUAAGCAGCGGGCGUCAUGUACGCAGGACGCAAGAGGAGAAAACCCGUCCAGAGAGCGGUGAAACAGACGCCGACGGAGGGCGCCAAGUCCAACCCAUCUAAGCGGCACCGGGACCGGCUCAACGGGGAGCUGGAAAGGUUGGCCAGCCUACUGCCGUUUCCGGAAGAAGUGACGGCCAGCCUGGACAAACUGUCCAUCUUGCGCCUGAGCGUCAGCUACCUGCGAGCCAAGAACUUCUUCUCUGUGGCGCUGAACAACCGAGUGACUCCAGUGGCGUUGAAUAAUGGCGACGACAACACAUCAGCAGCGGCGGAGGCCAAGAUACCUGAGGGAGAGCUUUUACUGCAGGCUCUCAACGGGUUUGUCCUGGUGAUCACCGCCGGCGGUACCAUCUUCUACUCCUCCCACACCAUCCAGGACUACUUGGGCUUCCACCAGACCGACGUCAUGCACCAGAGUGUGUACGAGCUUGUUCAUACAGAAGACCAGCAGGAGCUCCGAAGAAACUUGCACUGGGCGCUGAAUCCGCCGCCUGCGGCGACAUCCACUGUCAGCCAAGACUCACCCCAAGAGAUAGAACCGGACAGCAGCUCGUCUUUGGUCACCUACAAGCCUGAACAGCUUCCUCCAGAGAACUCAUCCUUCCUUGAGAGGAGCUUUGUGUGCCGCUUUCGCUGUCUCCUGGACAACUCGUCUGGCUUUCUGGCUCUGAACUUCCAAGGCAGGCUAAAGUUUCUACACGGGCAAAACCAGCGUCAAGAAAACGGAGGAAAGGCACCGCCGCAGCUUGCCCUAUUCGCCAUUGCGACUCCUCUUCAGCCUCCAUCCAUCCUGGAGAUCAGGACCAAGAACAUGAUCUUCCGAACCAAGCACAAAUUGGACUUCACGCCGUUGGCCUGUGACGCCAAGGGUAAAAUCGUCCUGGGCUACACAGAGGCUGAACUGCGGGUACGAGGAUCCGGUUAUCAGUUCAUCCAUGCCGCAGAUAUGUUGUACUGUGCAGAGAAUCACGUCAGAAUGAUGAAGACUGGGGAGAGUGGACUGACCGUGUUCAGGCUGCUCACCAAGGAGAAUCUCUGGAAAUGGGUGCAGGCUAACGCUCGACUGGUUUACAAAAACGGCAAACCAGACUACAUCAUCGCCACCCAGAGGCCCCUUUUGGAUGAAGAGGGAGGAGAACACUUGCGUAAACGCUCCAUGCAUUUACCCUUUACGUACGCUACAGGCGAGGCCUUGCUCUACCAGUCCAACCACCCCAUCGCGGGGUUCAGAGAUGGUGUUUCUGAGAAGAACGGUAGUAAGUCAAAGAAAAGUCGGACUGAAAGGCUGUUGAGGGAUGGUCUGGAUCCAAGCUCGCUCUUGGGGGCCCUCAUGAGUCAGGAUGAGUCGGUGUACGUUUGCCAGGCUGCCCUGGAGCCCAAAAUGUCCUUUCAUAACAGCUUCUUUGGAGACCAAAUGGGCUUCUCUGAGUCCAAAUCCUCAAGCUUGCACAGAACCUGGGACACUCCGAGCAAUGGCGACGUGGAUCCAAGUAUCACAGAACCAAGCACUAGCUUUGACCCGCUGCUGGCUACCCUUGACUCUCUCUCCCUGGAAGGCCAAGGGGUCAUGGAUGCAGAGGAUGCCAGCUGUUCAAAUGGAGAGCUGUUUGGAGCUCUUGAGGGUCUGGGGCUGAGCGCAGAGGAUUUGGAGCUUCUCCUGUUGGAUGAGCGGAUGAUCCGAGUCGAGAUCGACCCGGAGCGUGUGCCCACCUUGGACGACCUGCUAACAAAUGAGGAAAUUCUUUCAUACAUCUACGACUCAAUUGAAGGAAAGACUGAUUCUUCGGACCAGGUAGGACAGGCACCUCCCUGUAAUCCCCCAGUGAGUGCAACAACAAUGUCAGUACCCGGAAGCACUCUCACCUCUGAAGCAAAUGUGAAAAUGCAGUUUCCUUUCCAGAAGCCCCCUCUGAUGGGGAAGGCUCCCAUAGUCCAGUUGUCCCAACAAAUGCAAAAACACCUCAGCAUGUGCCCAGGUAAAGGGGUCAGUGACUGGGUCCAACAGAGCGACCACAUGGCCAACACAAUGGUCAAUGGAGACGUGCUGGGGCACGCUGAACCUGCUCCCAAUGGACAAUGGCUAGCUCAGGACAUUCUCUUGAAUGCAGGGAUGCAAAUGGAACACAUGAACUCUCAGCAGACUGUUUUCAAUGGCAAGACCACGGAACGGGACGGAGAGCUACAUCAGAGCUACCUUCAACAGCCCCUGAUGCAGAACCGGCUUUCGCAGCAGUGCCAUGCCAAACAGAAAGCAGCCAGCCUCAACGGACUCUGCAGCAUUUCCAGUACGGACCAGUCAGCGGUAAAAUCUCAGUGGCAGGACUUUGGCUUCAGCGAGGAUCUGGGUCACUGCCUUGACAACAGCCAAAAACUGCUCGCAGACACGUCGUUAGAUUCCCGCAUGGAUUACACCAUGCCCGACCUUGACAAUUCGGAUUACCCUAUCAACGGCAGCGGUUUGUUCGGGAGCGGCUCGCUUCAGCACCGGGCCGAGUCGGCGGUUUCGUCUCUCCAGGGGAUUACCCACAAGCGGCAGCAGGAGCCCAUACCGGUUCCUCUGGCUCAGGUAAUCUCCAGCCUGUCCCAGUGUGCACCCCCCAACGCCUCGCUGGAGCAAAUCCUGGCGGUGGGCAAACCCUGUCGGCAGCUGGACCAUUACGGUAUGGCGACUUCAGACAUGCCUCCCGAUGCCAAGAUGGAGAACGGCUGCAUCCAGUCAACCGCUACUUACCCGGCCGUGCCCAACGGGAACGGCACGGCGCCCCCCGCUGCCCAGAUGCCCCGCCCCGACACUCUGUCGGGCCUCCCUGACCCGCCCGCCCCCGGCUUCUACCUCUGAGCAGCCGGCCUGCAGGCGGCCCAGAGGCACAGGAUGAGCGGAGCAGCCUUAUUACGUGCAGAUAAGACGACAAACACGCCGAAUUACACACGCAACCCUCUUUUUUAUCUUUCUUUUUGUGUCGUGAGUGGUGUUAUCAUAAGAGUCCUUUGUUUACUUCCAAUGCAGUCAAGAUGCUCACCAUGUCCAGGAGGACAUCCAAGUCCAACCUUUGAGUUACGGUGACCACAAAUUCAGGGUUUUCUUCCAUGUAGUGAUGGAGUGGCAGACCAACCAAUGUGUUUGUCUGCACUUCAUGAAUGUACAGACACUCGAGCGGAAAAAGGAAUUUGAGCACUAAAUGCAACUUUGACGUGACUCGCGUCAAACAUGUCCACCGGUCACUUCAUUAGGUACAGUCGAAGAACUCCAUCCGAUACGAACGUAACGUACGCUCGCUUUUGAUGGUUUGCACCACACUCGGUAACGUUCGAGUUGUUGUUCCAUCAUAAUAUUAGUGAAGUGUAAGAGGUCCUUCCUUGGUCUACACCAGUGCUUCUCAAUUGUUUUUUUCCACGCCCCCUCCCACUAAAUUUAAAUAGGAUUGAGAAUCUGAUACUAUGUAUUUAUUUAUUUAUUCCUACAAACCAAACUUUGAGUUUUUGGCACUAGCACCUACAUGCCACUUUGUUGAAGGCUUGUGUCUUGUUUUCCCACGCCCCCCCUAAAUUAAAUUAGGAUUAAGAACUUGAUAAUAUUUUUCCAUUUAUCCAUCCGUACAAACCACUCUAUGAGUUGCUGCCACCAACACAUACUUGCCACCCAGUUGAAGACUUGUGUCUUGUUUUCUCACGCCCCCCCAAAUCAAAAUAAGAUUAAAAACCUGAUAAUAUUUUUCCAAGUAUUUAUUCCUACAAGCCACUCUAUGAGUUGCUGGCACUAGCACUUACAUGCCACCUUGCUGAAGAUGUGUGUCUUGUUUUCCCACGCCCCCCCUAAAUUGAAAUACGAUUAAGAACUUGAUAAUAUUUUUCCAUUUAUUCAUCCGUACAAACCACUCUGAGUUGCUGGCACUGGCACCUACAUGCCACCUCGAUAGGGACUUGUGUAUUGUGUUCUCCCCCCCCCCCACACCCUCAAAUACAAAUACCAUUAAGAACCUGAUAAUAUUUAUUUAUUCAUUCGUACAAACCGUUCUAUGAGUUGCUGGCACUAGUACUUACAUGCCACCUUGCUGAAGACGUGUGUCUUGUUUUCCCACGCCCCCCCUAAAUUGAAAUACGAUUAAGAACUUGAUAAUAUUUUUCCAUUUAUUCAUCCGCACAAACCGCUCUUUGAGUUGCUGGCACCAACACAUACUUGCCACCUAGCUGAAGACUUGUGUCGUGUUUUCUCACGACCCCCUAAAUCAAAAAUAUGAUUAAGAACCUGAUAAUAUUGACCCAUGUAUUUAUUCCUACAAACCGCUCUAUGAGUUGCUGGCACUGGCACCUACAUGCCACUUAGAUAAAGACUUGUGUAUUGUGUUCUCGCGCCCCCCUCCCGCAAAUAGAAAUACGAUUGAGAACCUGAUAAUAUUUAUUUAUUCAUUCGUACAAACCGUUGUAUGAGUUUCUGGCACAAGCAUCUCCAUGCUACAUAGCUGAAGACUUGUUUUUUGUUUUUUCACACACCCCCAAAAUUGAAAUACGAUUGAGAACCUGAUCAUAUUUAUUUAUUUGUCUGUGCAAACCACUCUAUGAGUUGCUGGCACUAGCACUUACAUGCCACCUUGCUGAAGACGUGUGUGUUGUUUUCCCACGCCACCCCUAAAUUGAAAUACGAUUAAGAACCUGAUAAUAUUUAUUUAUUCAUUCGUACAAACCGUUGUAUGAGUUUCUGGCACAAGCAUCUCCAUGCUACAUAGCUGAAGACUUGUUUUUUGUUUUCCCACGCCCCCCCUAAAUUGAAAUACGAUUAAGAACCUGAUAAUAUUUAUUUAUUCAUCCGUACAAACCACUCUAUGAGUUGCUGGCACCAACACAUACUUGCCACCUAGCUUCAGACUUGUGUCGUGUUUUCUCACGCCCCCCCAAAAUCAAAAUACGAUUAAGAACCUGAUAAUAUUUUGCCAUGCAUUUAUUCCUACAAACCGCUCUAUGAGUUGCUGGCACUGUCACCUACAUGCCACUUAGAUAAAGACUUGUGUAUUGUGUUCUCACGCUCCCCACCCCAAAAUAGAAAUGCAAUUGAGAACCUGAUAAUAUUUAUUUAUUCAUUAGUACAAACCGUUGUAUGAGUUGCUGGCACAAGCGUCUCCAUGCUACAUAGCUGAAGACUUGUUUCUUGUUUUUUCACGCCCCCCCAAAAUUGAAACACGAUUGAGAACCUGAUCAUAUUUAUUUAUUUGUCUGUGCAAACCACUCUAUGAGUUGCUGGCACUAGCACUUACAUGCCACCUUGCUGAAUAUUCUUGUUUUCUCACCUCACCAAGGCUGUCCUUUGUCACCAAUUCUCUUCAUAACUUUUAUGGACAGAAUUCGUACACGCAGUCAGGGCGUUGAGAUGAUCCGGUUUGGUGACUGCAGGAUUAGGUCUUUGCUAUUUGCAGAUGAUGCAGUCCUGAUGGCUUCAUCUGGCCAGGAUCUUCAGCUCUCAUUGGAUCGGUUCGCAGCCGAGUGUGAAGCAACUGAGAUGAGAAUCAACAUCUCCAAGUCCAAGUCCAAGUCCAUGGUUCUCGCCCUGUAAAGGGUGGAAUUCCAUUUUUGGGUUGUGGGAGGAGAUCUUGCCCCAAGUGGAGGAGUUCAAGUAGCUCGGAGACUUGUUCACGAGUAAGGGAAGAGUGGAUCGUGAAAGGUGGAUCGGCGCAGCGUCUUCAGUAAUGCGAACGCUGUAUCGAUCCGUUGUGGUAUAAAGAAGGAGCUGAGCCGGAAGGCAAAGCUCUCAAUUUAUCGGUCGAUCUACGUUCCCAUCCUCAGCUAUGGUCAUAAGCUUUGGGUUAUGACCCAAAGGACAAGAUUACGGGUACAAGCGGCCAAAAUUAGUUUCCUCCGCCGGGGGUGGGUCUCUCCCUUAGAGAUAGGGUGAGAAACUCUGGCAUCCGGGAGGAACUCAGAGUAAAGCCGCUGCUCCUCCACAUAGAGAGGAGCCAGAUGAGGUGGUUCGGGCAUCUGGUCAGGAUGCCACCCGAACGCCUCCCUAGGGAGGUGUUUAGGGUACGUUCGACCGGUAGGAGGCCACAGGGAAGACCGAGGACACGUUGGGAAGACUAUGCUGGCCUGGGAGGAGCUGGACAAAGUGGCUGGGGAGAGAGAAGUCUGGGCUUCUCUUUUUAGGCUGCUGCCCCCACGACACAACCUCAUGCAUGUAUACACGCAUGUUUUAGCACAACAAAUAUACUUGCUCAGCCUGUUGAUUAAUUUGAGCAAUGCUGCCACCGAGCUGCAGCCUUGUAUAUCCAUCAAAAAUGAAAAAAGACACUAAUAUUGGAAGUUCCUUGACUCUUAGCCCCCACACCCUCGGGGGUGCCAUUUGAGAAGCACUGGAUUAAAGGAGGGUAAAGGUUUUUUUAUGCUUCAGCUAUGAACAUAUUUGUGUCAUAAUUAAAUGGAAAUUCAUUGAGCACAGUCAGGAAACCAAUUAACCAAUUAACGGCUGUACAGUGCCAAUUGGCUCAGCAGUUUUUUCAUAAUCCUGUGUGCAAACAAGGCGCCAUGAAUCCAUAAUCUUCUUAGCGGAGGUGCAGCUGAUCAUCAAAAGCGAGCGUUCUCUCGGCCCAGGGACUCUUCGGCUCCUUUGCGUCGACGCGACAAGAAUGUAGCCCUUCACGCGGCUUCCUUGUUGAGCGGUCAACAUGAGAUUAAAGGUUUUUGGACAAUACCCCGCACUUUAUUCGGAGAUGCUCUGCUCCGACGGUAACUAACUCUCUUCUUCUGGCGGUCGUGUCGAGAUGCUAACUCCUCGCAAGCACAAACCCUCCUCACUCCAUGUACGCAUUUCUUCUCCACCAUGUCGAUCGCCGCCAACCUCCGGGGUGCAGAAGUCAAAAAGCAUUUGGGGCCACUGACUUGAUUUAGGACAGGGGUGUCCACACAAUUCAAAUCAUCAUGACAAUAUCGGGGAUACAUUUUCUACUUGGGCUGGGCGAUGUUUUGAAUCGGUCGAAAUUGAUAAUUGGUGAUAUAAUUAUGACAUACGUAAAAUAAAAAAAUAAAUGUAAAAAAAAGUUUUAAAUGUGAACAUUUUUAUUUUUAUUUUCUAUGUAUUUAAGAAUAAAUCAAAUGUACACCGUUUUUCAAUUUCCGUUUUCUUCCGAGGAAAAAUAAUUCACUUCACUUUGCGUUUUGAAUGAUAAAAAACUGCUAGUAAGAGGUGGCUAACAAUGCAAGUUUUCGAUUCGUCUAUUUUGCAGAUAAAACCCUAUUAAGUCAUAGAAAAAAAAACCAACAAGGUCUUAUUUACAUACUGCUAGUACGUAUUAACAGACACAGUAUACAGUUUAAGUCACUAUUCUUCUAAUUUUAAAAACAUUACUGUAACUUCUACAGAGUGCGUAACAAUGAAUACUAAUUCCGUCAACUACAACGACUAAUCGCGGCAGAUUUCAUGACAGCCAACGACCACGACUUCCGCACAAAUGAUGACCCAGAACAUUACCUUUUGGAGCCUAAAGAUACGGAGGAUGAGCAAACAAGUUUUAGAAGCUGUGCGCUAAGCAGAUCAUCGAAAGAGUGACUUUACAAUGUCCGCUGAUGGGACGCUUGUAUCUUUCAGCACAAUGCUUGUGCUCCCUGUUUUGCAGGUGUAUUCAGAAUAAUCCAUACCAACAUUAGCAUUCUAAUGCUAAGUAUGCUAAUAUAAAAUAUGUUAGCAUACAGUAUCAAAAUAUAUGAUUAUUUUGGUAUAAAAUUACAAAAUGAUGCAAAGAACUAUAUUAAAAUGUUAGAAUGCUCUCAUUGGCAUGCUUAUAUAAGAGAAUUUUGCAUUUUUCAAGGCUGCCUCCAAGUUUGAAAAAAUAUGAUUUUUAGUCAUAAACCUACAAACUGAUAUACAAAGGUAGCAUACAAUGUUAAAAUGCUAAUAUAUAAAAAAUGUUGGCAAACUUCUAAGAUGUAUCAAAAUCUAUGAUUUUUUGGUAUAAAAUUAAAAUAUGAUGUAAAGAAUUAGCUUAAAAUAUUAGAAUUCUAACAAUAGCAUGCUAAUAUAGGAGACUUUAGCAUUUUUCUAAACUGGCGCCAAGUUUGAAAAACUAUGAUAAACUUAAAAAAUUAUCUAGAAAGGUAGCAUACAAUAUUAAGAUGCUAAUAUAAGAGACAUUAGCAUAUUUCUAAGAUGGCGCAGAGUAUCAAAGUCUAUUAUUUUUUUGGUGUAAACAUACAAAAUUAUCUAAAAAGCUUGCUUAAAAUGUUAGCAUGCUAACAUUAGCAUGUUAAUAUAAGAGACGUUAGCAAUUUCCUAAGAUAGUGCCAAGUAUCAAAAUCUAUGAUUUUUGCGUAUAAACAUAUAAAAUUAUGGAAAGAGCUAGCAUAAAACGUGAGAACGCUAACAUUAGCAUGCAAAUAUCAGAAAUGUUGACAUACUUCUAAAAUGGCACGAAGUAUCAAAAUCCACGAUUUGCUUACGCUAGCCCACCUACACAAAGUACAUGCUAACGUUAGUAUUCUAACAUUUUAUGAUAGGUCUGUAUAUCAUUUUGUAUGUUUAUACCUAAAAAUCAUAGAUUUUGAUAUUUGGUGCCAUCUUAGAACUAUGCUAAAGACUCUUAUAUUACAUGCUAAUGUUAGCAUGCUAACAUCUUAAGCAAGGUUUUGGAUAAUUUUGUAUAUUUACUCCAAAAAUAUCAUAGCUUUUGAUACCUGGCGCCAUUUUAGAAGUAUGCUAACGUCUCUUAUAUUAACAUGGCAAUAUUAGCCUGUUAACAUUUUAUGCUACCUUUUUAAAUCAUUUUGUAUGUUUUAGCCUAAAAAUAAUAGAUUUUUACACUUAGCGCCAGGUUAGGAAAAUGAUAAUGUUAGCAUUUUAACAUUUAUGCUAGCUCUUUACAAUAUUUUGUAUGUUUAUACCCAAAAAUCCUAGUUUUUGAUACAGCAUACUUCCAAGAUGAAGCCAGGCAGCAAAAUCCACGAUUUGCUUACCCUAGCCCCCCUACACAAAGUACAUGCUAACGUUAGUAUUCUAACAUUUUAUGAUCGGUCUGUAUAUCAUUUUGUAUGUUUAUACCUAAAAAUCCUAGAUUUUCAUACAUCUUAGAAGUAUGCUAACGUCUUUUAUAUUCGCAUUUUAACAUAGAUUUUUGGUGCCAUCUUACAACUAUGCUAACGACUCUUAUAUUAACAUGCUAAUGUUAGCAUGCUAACAUUUUAAGCAAGCUUUUUAGAUAAUUUUGUAUGUUUAUACCAAAAAAAUCAUAGCUUUUGAUUCUUGCCGCCAUCUUAGAAGUAUGCUAACGUCUCUUAUAUUAACAUGGCAAUAUUAGCCUGUUAACAUUUUAUGCUACCUUUUUAGACCAUUUUGUAUGUUGAUGCUUAAAAAUCAUAGAUUUUUACACUUGGCGCCAGUUUAGGAAAGUUAUAAUGUUAGCAUUUUAACAUUUAUGCUAGCUCUUUACAAUAUUUUGUAUGUUAUACCCAAAAAUCCUAGUUUUUGAUACAGCAUACUUCCAAGAUGAAGCCAGGCAGCAAAAUCCACAAUGUGCUUACCCCAGCCCGCCUACACAAAGUACGGGUAAUUUUAUCGAUAUCACGAGCUAUGUCACCUUUUAGCUUUUAGCUUGGACUUCAAGCUAGCACAAACUUUGUGUGUUUGUUUUUUCAAUCGUUUGUCCGGCUUUAUUAGUGAAUGAUCGGUCCGAUACUUCUCCUGCACCCUCAUAAUAUCAAAUAAUCCAUCCAUCUAUCCAUUUUCUACCGCUUAUUCCCCUUAAGGGUCGCGGGAGGCGCUGGUGCCUAUCUCAACUACAAUCGGGCGUAAGGCGGUGUACACCAUGGACAAGUCGCCACGUCAUCGCAGGAUAUCAAAUAAUGUAUCUCAUUAAUAAUCAAUUCAAGACUGCUAAAAAAAAAACAAGCUGUGGGCUCAAAAUGUCCCCCGGACGACACUUUGGACACCCCUGUUUUAACGUGUCUAUAUUUAUUCACGGUUUGCUGUGGUUAUGUGUUGGCGUUUGGGUCGUCUCACACGUACAAUUCCUUCGGUACUACCGGGUAUCGAUUCACGUAAAAUCAAACGGUGCCAUAUACCGAUACUUCUGUUGCACGUGACCUCGCGUCCGGUUGCAGACUCAACACCGGACAAAGUAAACAAUCACUCCAGCAGCACUGAGAGCGGACACAGCCAAACUCCCUCUCAGUAAUGUUGCAAAUUUCAACUUGGUAGAAAACACUCAAACGUAAAGUAAGGCUCCGCUCUUCCAAAAUGAGCUAGCUUGAUGCUAAUUUACAUCGGAUUUUCCAUACAUGUCCUACUGAUUAGCAUUAGCAAUUUCUCAUGGCGAUUUCAACACCUCCAAAUUUGGUAAUGAAAACAACAACUAAGAUGAAUGUUACGAUCAUACAGCUGGGGUGGAAUAUGUGCAAUACUUACAGUAUAAACACUUUGUAAGGCGCAACAUAACACAUUUAGCUUCAUGGAUAGAACAGUUAUCAUAAUCAGCUCAUUUUUAAAUGUCACUUAAAAAAAUGCUAUUUUAUUAUCAAACAAUGAAUUUAUUAAGCACCGAAUAAUGGCACCGUUGAGUACCAGUAUCGAUUCCCGGGUGUCGGGAAUUGGUGCCGUUUGGGUCCAAAUGUGAACGAUACCCAUUCCAAGUUCCAGAGUCAAACCGUGGAGAUAAUAAGAGCAACGUUUUUACUCGCAUGUUGUCGCUUUUUAAACGGUCGCAAGCAUAAAAAUAAGUUAAGCUCUUGGAUUCAUUUGAAAUGACGAGGGCGUUACACAAGUUUGCGACUUUUGAGACACAUUUUUUGAAAGAAUGUUUUAUUUGGGACACGUUAAACUUCGGGUUAGCUCUAAGAAGAAAAACUGCAUUUUUAAAGAUUUAAUUCUGCCCAUCGUCCACAAUUCUUAUGUGCGACUGGAACGCAAGUCUUUGCCUUUACUGUUUGUUCUAAAUAGGAAAUAAACUCCUAACACGAGGCGGCUAACAAUGCCAAUUAUUUUGCAGAUAAAAUAAUCAAAAAAGCUCCAACCAGGUUUUAAUUAUGUAGUAACAGAUACAGUAUAAGUCAGUAUUACAGUAUUUUUCUCAUUUUAACAAUAUUACGUAACUUCUACGGAGCGCAUAGCAAUGAAGGCUAGGUUCGUCAAGGACGACUACGACUACUAAGUGUGGCAGACUUCGUGAGAGCACAGGACGACUCCUGAUGACCCACAACUUUAUCUUUCGGAGUCUGAGUAUACGGAGGAUGAGCUUUCAAUAAGAAGCAGAUUUUAACCAACAUGUGGCUCUAGUGCUGAACGCUUCAUCGACAAAAACACAAACAUGGUAAAAGUGACUUUACAAUGGCCGCUCUCACUGGGACUGUUGUAUCUUGGAUGUUGUGUAACCUGUAUAAUAACCAAAUUGUAGUAAUUAUUUUU